AUGCUAUUCUUGGGAAGGCUUGCUACUCGAGAUAGGCUGAGGCGAUUUGGCUCAAACAUUGAACAGUCGUGUGUGUUCUUCCCUGAACCGGAAUCCAUUGAUCACUUAUAUUUCAAUUGCAGAGAAACCAAAGGAGUAUGGCAUAGCAUUCUUAGAUGGCUUGGAUACACCCAUGAAGGACAAGGAUGGAAUAGUGAAAAGGAUUGGCCUGUGCAGGAACUAAAGAAGAAAGGUUGGAAACGGCAGCUACUUAAAAUUGCGCUUGCAGAAACAACCUAUGCAUUAUGGAGGGCACGAAAUGAAGCUGUCUUUAAUAACAAACCGAUGACACAAGACUUGACAACCAAUAUCAAGUAUAUGGUUGCAAUGCGUAGCAAGUUACAUAGGAGCACGCGUGAGCAUGUUUGUAUAGAAACUCUUAGCAUAAAGUAA